CUCUCCCUUUCCUUUUCCGGGUGCAAGGCGACGGCAAAGUCUCUAUGCAACUCAGCCCCGGCGCGCACUUUGCCAGGUAUGUACCGCGGGCGAGGCGCGUUCUGCGCGGAGGCAGAUGAUGCUGCCGCCACGGCGGCGGCGGCUGCCAGCUCCCGGGCUCUCUAACUGUCACGCUGCACCUGAGCUGAACUUGAACAGAGAGUGAAGGGGCCAUCGGGCGAACGCUCUCGGCGGGCACAGAGGGUGUCUGUCGACGUGGGGGAGAAGGAGCUCUAGACCGGCGCCCCCCGCCGCGAGCCCUGCUCUUCACCUCCAUCUCUGCCAGUGCCGCGGGACUAGAGGCGGCCGGCGGACUCCCAGGGACGCGGGACAGUGGCUGUGACCGCAUCUCCGGAGCUACAACAACAGGUCGUCUUUUUGAGACGCCUUUGGCGGGAAGGACUACUUCAGCAGAAAGGGAAGGUGAAAAGGUUCAAUCUUUUUAAGAGACUACACCUGGGCGACUCCUCCUGCUUCCUCUCUCUCUAUAUUGGCCUCCUAUCAACCAGACUGUGUCAGGGGAGAAGUGAAGACACCUGUUUGAAGAAACGGCUGUCUCCCCAAGUCACCUGUGAGCUUACACGUGCCAGGAGGUGCCCUGGUCCAACUGUUGGCAGAGAUUUGUUUAGGUUCUACAGAGAGAGAUUUUUAGGUCACUGUAUUUUUUUUUCUUAGUAUUCCAAAUACUUGUCUGCGAGGGAAACUUGGCCUUGUGAGAACUGUGACUUCACCUGCGCCACCUUGGAAUAAUUGUGUUCCUGUGAACAGUGUUCCCCAGUGUUUUGUUUGACUUGAAGAAGUGGGCCAUUGCGUUACUUUCCUUGUGUUACUUUGGGUGACUGUGAUCACUCUUGAGACCUACACUUCCAGACAACAUGGCGGCUGGUGUUGCAGCAUGGUUGCCCUUUGCCAGGGCGGCAGCCAUUGGGUGGAUGCCUGUUGCCUCGGGGCCUAUGCCAGCUCCCCCAAGGCAGGAGAGAAAAAGGACUCAGGAUGCUCUAAUUGUGCUGAACGUGAGCGGCACCCGCUUCCAGACAUGGCAGGACACCCUGGAACGGUACCCAGAUACUCUCCUGGGCAGUUCCGAGAGAGACUUUUUCUACCACCCAGAGACCCAACAGUAUUUCUUUGACCGUGACCCAGACAUCUUCCGCCACAUCCUCAAUUUCUACCGCACUGGGAAGCUUCACUACCCCCGCCAUGAGUGCAUCUCUGCUUACGACGAAGAACUGGCCUUCUUUGGCCUCAUCCCAGAGAUUAUUGGCGACUGCUGUUACGAGGAGUACAAGGACCGCAGGCGGGAGAAUGCAGAGCGCCUACAGGACGAUGCGGACACUGACAACACAGGAGAGAGUGCGCUGCCCACCAUGACUGCUAGGCAGAGGGUCUGGCGGGCCUUUGAGAAUCCUCACACCAGCACCAUGGCCCUGGUGUUCUACUACGUGACUGGGUUCUUCAUUGCCGUCUCAGUCAUCGCCAACGUGGUGGAAACAGUUCCAUGUGGGUCUAGCCCAGGCCACAUCAAAGAACUGCCUUGUGGGGAACGGUAUGCCGUGGCCUUCUUCUGCUUAGAUACCGCCUGUGUCAUGAUCUUCACUGUUGAGUACCUGCUCCGUCUGGCGGCGGCACCCAGUCGUUACCGUUUUGUGCGCAGCGUCAUGAGUAUCAUCGAUGUGGUGGCCAUCCUGCCCUAUUACAUCGGGCUGGUCAUGACAGAUAAUGAGGAUGUCAGUGGAGCCUUUGUCACACUCCGAGUCUUUCGAGUCUUCAGGAUCUUUAAGUUUUCCCGCCACUCUCAAGGCCUGCGUAUACUGGGGUACACACUGAAGAGCUGUGCCUCCGAAUUGGGCUUCUUGCUCUUCUCUCUCACUAUGGCUAUCAUCAUUUUUGCUACGGUUAUGUUUUACGCAGAGAAGGGGUCAUCAGCCAGCAAGUUCACCAGCAUCCCUGCAGCCUUCUGGUACACCAUCGUCACCAUGACAACACUGGGGUAUGGCGACAUGGUGCCGAAAACCAUAGCAGGGAAGAUAUUUGGUUCCAUCUGCUCUCUGAGUGGAGUGCUGGUCAUUGCGUUACCUGUGCCUGUGAUCGUGUCCAACUUCAGUCGGAUCUACCACCAAAACCAACGAGCGGACAAACGAAGGGCGCAGAAGAAAGCAAGACUGGCCAGGAUCCGGGCAGCCAAAAGUGGAAGUGCAAAUGCCUAUAUGCAGAGCAAGCGGAACGGGCUACUCAGCAACCAGCUGCAGUCUUCAGAGGACGAACCAGCCUUCGUUAGCAAAUCCGGAUCCAGUUUCGAGACCCAGCACCACCACCUGCUUCACUGCCUGGAGAAAACCACGAACCAUGAGUUUGUGGAUGAGCAAGUCUUUGAAGAAAGCUGUAUGGAAGUUGCCACAGUUAACCGUCCUUCAAGUCACAGCCCCUCUAUGUCUUCACAACAAGGAAUCACCAGCACUUGCUGCUCCCGGCGACACAAAAAAACUUUCCGCAUUCCUAAUGCCAACGUGUCCGGAAGUCAUAGAGGCAGUGUGCAGGAGCUCAGCACAAUUCAGAUCCGAUGUGUGGAGAGAACCCCGCUAUCCAACAGCCGAUCCAGCUUAAAUGCCAAAAUGGAAGAAUGCGUUAAACUAAACUGUGAACAACCUUACGUGACCACAGCAAUAAUAAGCAUCCCAACACCUCCAGUAACCACGCCAGAAGGUGACGACAGGCCAGAGUCUCCAGAGUACUCGGGAGGAAAUAUUGUCAGGGUGUCUGCUUUGUAAGACAAUUGUCACAGGUCUAAGAGAAUUUGAACCCUAACUAUGAAAAGAAUCAAAAGUAGAAGAAAGAAGAAAUAAUAACCCAUUCUUUUUAAGAUUAAGACAGUAAACCAAGAAGUUUGGAAGUGGAAAAAAAUAAAGCUUUCGAAGUUGAGGAUAUGAAUCGGAAGAACAAAGGGCAUUUCGAGACAGAGUUCGACCUGCUCACAGAGGAAGACUCUGUGGUCCUUUGACUUUGGGAAUGAGCACAAUGGAACACCAUCUGUUGAUGCUUCUUAUGAUCAGAACUCUUUUUUAAUAAAACGAACAAAAUGAAUCUUUGAACAUAAUGUUCCAGUUGAAUGCAAAACAAAAAAAAUAUGGAAAACAUUUUGAUAAAAAUUUUUCCUGUUAAAACCAUGAACAUUGGCUCUGGCAAAGAUUAUUAUAGAUGAAAAAACUCAUACGAUCCAUUUGUAUGGACUGAAGGAAACCAUCCUAAUGCAUGCUAGAAUUCUUUGGAGCAGUGAUCUCAGUUUCCUUAUGUUGUCUUCAGAAUAGGCAUGAUAAACUAUACCUGUAGAAAGGGGAACUCUCUGUGCACUUACAAUGAGCUGAUUGUCCAUGUUCCAUGAUGGGCUGUGCACAUAAACUCCUUUUAGUACUGCAGUCUUUCUCAUGGGGAUGCACACUAGUAAAUCUAAAGUGUUUGGAUAGUUCAGUAUUAAUUAUUGUUUAACCUUGCACCUAGUCAUUGUUAAACUGCAAUAACUCAUUCUAUAUCUGUUGUAUCAGGAAUCAGGAUUUUUUUUUGGACUCUCCAUAUAGUCAUAGAUACAGUAAGAGCCACGUUCAUAGAAAAGCUUCUGGUGUGGCCAGGCUUUAGGUGACUUUUUAAUCCAAAACUACUGUGUCCUAAAUGUUUUUUUGGUAGUAUUCUUUGGUCAUCUGUAUUCCAGUGACCCAGUGCAUUUAUCUGUUCCUGGAUCUUUCUAGUGUCUUUCUACUGGGUUUACCCAUUAAUGACAGGAUUAGUAUUUACUGUAGUAAAAUAAAAAAAGUUUCCUAUGUUUAUAUUUCCCAACUGGUUAUUAGAAGUAGUCUGCCAUUAAUCCCCUUGACAGAAACUAGAGUAAGGGAGUUGACAUGAAAAACUAUUUGUGGAAAACACAGACCCUGGAAACAUCUAUAUGUAUUUCGUGAGAGGACUUAAAUGGGACUAAAAAUCACAAGACCGAUGAUCUCAGCAUCUGUCUCAGUGUAUUGUUUAUUUUGAUCCAGAUCUUAAAUACAUUUGAGAACAACUGAUAUACAGAGGCAAACUGAAGUGCUUUAUGUAGCAAUAUCUAAUGAGAGCAGGCUCCUGAAGCCACCCAAGAAAGCAACAACUUAUCUCAAACGAUCCUGUGUAUCACAAGGCACAAAGUUCUCUGCAAAAUCAGGACAGAAGUGUGAAGAUGUGAAGCUGACCACUUUGUACAUUAGUGAAAAGUCUUGCUAUCUUUUCACCCUUAAAUAUCCGAGACACGUCUGCACGUGACAGUGUAAAAAAAGUUUAAUGUCAUGAAAAGUUUUGUUUAUUUCAAGCCACCACUGUAAGAACGAAAGCUUAGUUUCUAUUCAUGGAAAGAGUUAAUAAUUACUCCUCUACCAUAGAGGUUUGAUAUCAAUGCUUAUCACAAUUUACUAUAAAAAGGAAUUAAUCCAACUAUUUUCAGAUAAAGCCAGAAAUGAUUGAGUCUCGUUUGUAGAAUAGCUUCUAGAACAGGGCUAGGCACACAGUCGAUCUUCCUAAACAGCUGAAUGUCAGGGAGGGGAACUCAACUUUCUCUCGGGAAGACCUGGCUUUAUUCCUAGUGCGUCUUUUAAAAAGUUACUAACCUUCCUGCGCGUGAAUACUAACGAUUCUAUUAACACCUGCCUCUUGUCACUUUGUGCUUCUAGAGCAAAUAUAUAGUGAAACUUCUUUGAUGGCAAUUGUUGAAAAGCCUUUUAAAGUAUAGACUAAGAAAAAUACAAUCAGGAACACUUAACAUCAUUUGAUUCCCAAUAAGAAGCUCUAUUUUCAUGUUCUUAAUAGUACAAAAAAAAUGAAAUACACUUAGCAUAUUUUGGUUGAUAAUUAUUCUUCCUCUUUUGAAUUGUCAUUUAUCACAAAUAUUUGAUUUCCGCAGAUUUUCACAGAAAAGAAAUUAAAAAAACUUUUUGAUGUUUUAGGUGAUUUAAAAAUAUACUGUGUUGGUGGUGAAUGACUAUUGAUGACUGUGAUAAGUGCACCUGUAUUGUAAGUGAAAUGUAAUUAUUUCUGUGUAUCAUAUGGAGUAACUAAGGUCAUUGUUUUUUGACAAUUUUGUUUGAAAUUCAUAUAUCUUAUUUCAAAGGAUAGCAUAAUAUCUGCAUUAUGCUGGAAAAAUAGACUUUUGGAGAAUACUUAAAUAAAACACGUGCAUGCUUG